AUGCGUUCUAUCACACUUUUGGCCGCACUAGCCACCAACGCUCUCUCAAUCGCGCUCCCGUGGCAAUCCGCCACAGAUGCAACCAGCGGAACCCAGCUCCCUCUUGUGAUCUGGCAUGGUCUGGGCGAUGACUUCGAACGCGAAGGGCUCACUCAAGUUGCCAAACUAGCCGAAUCCACCAACCCCGGCACAUACGUGCACCUCAUCCGACUGGCCAACGAUGGCAGCGGAGACCGCUCCGCAACCUUCUUCGGCAACGUAACGGAGCAAAUCGCCCAAGUCUGCGAGCAACUCGCCGCGGACCCAAUCCUCAGCACGGCGCCCGCCAUCAACGCGCUAGGCUUCUCGCAGGGUGGCCAAUUCCUACGCGGGUACAUCGAGCGCUGCAACUCCCCACCCGUCCACAACCUCGUCACAUUCGGCAGCCAGCACAACGGCAUCUCGGCGUUUGAGUCGUGCGCCUUCGACAACUGGUUCUGUAAAGGGGCCGAGCAACUACUACGAUCGGGACGGUGGACGAGCUUUGCGCAGUCGCGCGUCGUGCCGGCGCAGUACUUCCGCGACCCGGAAGAGCUGGAUUCGUACCUCGAGCACAGCAAUUUCCUGGCGGAUAUCAACAAUGAGCGCGCGGUCAAGAAUGAGACGUACAAGAAGAAUCUGGCGUCGCUGAACCGGUUUGCGAUGUUCAUGUUUGAGGAGGAUACUGUUGCUGUUCCUAAGCAGAGUGCUUUGUUCUCCGAGGUUAAUACCACUAGUGGCGAGGUGACGCCUCUGCACGAGAGACCGAUCUACAAGGAGGAUUGGUUGGGGCUAAAGCAGCUUGAUGAGCAGGGGAAGCUGGACUUCAAUACUGCCCCAGGACAGCAUAUGCACCUGUCUGAAAAGACCCUGCGCAAGGCUUUUAGUCAGUACUUUGCUCCGCUGGAGAAGUCGCGUCCUUCGGCAGCAGGUCUCCUUGUGCAGCGCGGCCUUUGA